AUUUAUUCUAUCUUGGACACAGAAGGGAAGCAUUUUCUAAAUAUAAUGUCCCUUCACUUCUUCCACCACUAACCUGACACUGUCCUUCCACGCAAGAAUCACGUUGAAGCAACCCACUCUACGCCAAUCCAAAAAGCCAAAACCUCUUUCCUUAUACAACAAGACGCUGCGCUACGCGGUCACUCCGCGCCCACCUCCACCUCCACCUCCACCUCCACCUCUCCUUUUUCUAUUCUAUUAAAACUCUCCAUUUUAUUCUAAUCCACAUAAACAUUGACACUUAUGUUUCUUGAGAUUUAGAAGUUUUUUGAAGAUAUUUUUUCCCUCCGGAUUUCUUGACUUUGAGAAACUCAACCAUACAGACAGGCACGCAGAAGAAAGAAGAAUAAUAAAGAUACUGAUUGACUUUUCAUAACAGCAGAUAUAAUAUGGCUGACUCUGGAACUGCAUUUAAUCUUGACCUGGUGAGACAAUCUUUGGAGAGACAAGAGGAUACAAUUGUCUUUUGUUUGAUAGAGAGAUCAAGAUUUCCUAGCAACUCUCCUCUGUAUAGUCAAAAUUUAGACUUGGUUCCUGGGUUUUCUGGUUCUUUAGUUCACUUCAUUGUUAAGGAAACUGAGGCAAUUCAAUCCAAGGCAGGGAGAUAUGAAAAUCCAGAAGAAAAUCCCUUCUUUCCAGAUGAUUUACCACACUCAGUAGUGCCAUCUCAUAAAUAUCCAAAGUUCUUGCAUCCUCCAGCUGCUUCUGUUGACGUUAAUAAACAAAUAUGGGAUAUGUAUUUCAAUAAGCUUCUCCCAUUGUUUGUUACUAAGGGGGAUGAUGGUAACUAUGCUUCAACAGCUGCUAAUGAUCUUAACUGUUUACAGGCCCUGUCUAGAAGAAUCCAUUAUGGAAAAUUUGUGGCUGAAGUCAAAUUUAGGGAAGCUCCUCAAGAAUAUGAACCUGCAAUUCGUUCUCAGGACAGAGAUGCUCUGAUGAACAUGUUGACAUUUAAGAAUGUAGAAGAGACAGUGAAGAAAAGGGUUGCAAAGAAGGCAACGGUGUUUGGACAAGACGUGAGUCAUGGAAACAAUACCAGCGCUGAAAAAUACAAGGUUGAUCCUUCUAUACUAUCGCAUCUCUAUGACGAAUGGGUAAUGCCACUCACCAAGCUCGUUGAAGUUGAGUAUCUCCUCCGCCGAUUGGAUUGAAAUCCUCACGUUCUUCAUUACUGAAAAUUCUUCAUGGAUUCUAGUGAACGUAGGUAAGGGGGCAAACAUAUAUAUGGAGAAGUAUGUAUGUUUUUAUUGUCCAUGCGUACAUGGAUGUAUGCCUUAUUAUUCUUGUCAGAUUGAGAAAUAAAGUCAUCAUUGCAGCCUUUGUCUUU